AUGGCCACAUAUCUGCUGGCUUGGAUGAUUGGUGAUCUGGAGUACAUCGAAGCAUAUACCCCAGGCGACUUUAGCGGGGAGCCAGUAUGCUGUCGUCUCUACGCGCCCAUUGGUCUGGCUACCCAUGGUCAAUACUCUCUCGAUCUAGCUGUCAAGUCGGUCGAGUACUUCUCGCGGUUAUUCGAUAUACCCUACCCAUUACCCAAGCUGGACUUGGUUGCCGUUCCUGACUUCUCGCCUGGUGCGAUGGAGAACUGGGGCCUCAUCACGUUUCGAACGCAUGCUGUCUUGUUGGAUGAGCACUCAACUAACGACCGACAACGCGAAAUUGCUGCUACUGUCAUCCAUGAGAUCUCUCAUCAGUGGUUUGGCAAUUUGGUGACUAUGGAUUGGUGGUCAGACCUGUGGCUGUUUGAAGGUUUCGCAACCCAUCUGGCCUACAUCGUCGUCGACGAGCUGUUCCCAGCCUGGGAUGUCUGGUCAGAGUUUGUGACCCGAGUCCAACAUGUCCUCAAGCAAGAUGCCCUUCGAACCUCGCACCCAGUGGAAGUUGGUGUUGCAAACCCAGGCGAGAUUACGCAGAUCUUCGAUGAGGUCAGCUACAUGAAGGGCGCGGCUGUCCUGCGCAUGCUCAGCGGUUGGUUGGGCGAAGAGCAGUUGCUGAAGGGAAUCCGCAAGUUCAUGAUGCGGUACAUGUGGGGCAAUGCCAACACUGAUGACUUGUGGAUGACCUUGGCCGAGGAGUGUCAGGCCGAUGUGCCAGAGUUCAUGAGGAGGUGGACUCGUCAAACUGGAAUCGACGAGUCGACCAUCAUGGUGCGGCAGAGCCUUUUCCUCUCCACUGGCGACAUUCGCGAAGAUGAAGAUGACUUUAUCUGGCCUGUCCCCCUGGCUCUCGCCACCGCAGAAGACCCAACCCCCAAGAACAUCAUGAUGACCACCAAAGAGUUGAUCCUCAAGGUAGAUACGACGCGGUGGUACAAGUUCAACAUGGGCCAAUCUGGUUUCUACCGUGUUUCGUAUCCACCCAGGGCUCUUGAUCUCUUGGGUCAGACGCUGAAGAAUGGGGAGGAAACUGAGACGUUGAAGACCGCGGACCGUGUUGGGCUGUUGACGGAUGCUGCUGCUCUGGUCGCUGCAGGUGUUAGUCCUACCAGUAGUUUCCUGACGCUCUUGAAGUACUUUGAGGAUGAGGAGAACAACCUUGUGUGGACCGAGAUCUCGUUGCGGUUGCAAGAACUCGUUGCUGUGUGGCUGGAGCAACCAGCGCCAGUGGUCAACGCCAUCAAGGAAGUCCAGAGACGCCUAUUCAAAAACAUUGUCAAGCGGUUGGGCUGGACCUACCCCGAGGGAGAGGAUCCUGCCAUCGGCAACCUCCGUGCUUUGGCCAUUCGUUUUGCCGGACGCGCUGCCGACCCUGAAGACACUUCGGCAAUACCUCCAGAUCUACUGUUCCCAGUCUUUGAGAUUGUCCUCAAGACCACCACUGGCCUGGAGGAGUACGAGGCGAUCCUAGCCUUUUACCGAGAGACCUACAGCCCGGGAGAGAAGGUAGUUGCCCUGACAGUGUUGGGGUACGGCAACUCGCCAGAGAUGAUCCAGCGAACCCUGGCUUUUGCAAUGUCGGAAGAGGUCAGGAACGCAGAUAUCCUCUCCGCACUGGCAACUCUUCGGUCAUCGGUGAUGGGUCGAGCCGAGUUGUGGAACUUUAUGCGACAACAUUGGGAUGUCCUGUACGAGCGUCAUUUUGACGACCUCCGGUUUGUAGAGUACUUUAUCCUGUUUAGUAUUGGGAUGUUUUCGAGUGUGGAAAAAUACCAGGAAGUGCAAGAUUUCUUUGCCAAUAAGGAUACGAGUCAGUGCGAUCGGAUCCUGGCGAAUUGUCUGGAGGGGAUUCGGACGAGGAUUUUGUGGUUGGAGAGGGAUAGGGAGGAUGUUGAGGUUUGGUUGAAGACUAACGGGUACCUUGUGACCACGGCCCAUGAUGAGGUUGGAGUAGGCGAGUCUGGUGGUGGUGGUAGUGGUAUGAAGGCUAUCGCCGCUGAGGAGGACGGCCAGUAUAGUCAUUAUCCAUUUAGCCGCCGCACCAGUUCGCUUCAUGUACGUCAUGAUCUCCAGCUAUCGUUAGCAUUGUUGGGCCGAAGCCGGAGCGGAAGUUCGGUGGACGAUGGGUUGUCGCCAGCCACGAACGAUACCCACCAUUCUGUGCCCUCUGCGACAUCCUCGUGCUCUUCUUCACCGCCCGCGGUUUACUUGGAGCACCCAGAGCAUCAGCACCUGAACCAUCUGUACCACACUCAUGAACACCAACACCACCAUCAUCACCACCACCAACAUCAUGAGCAUGGUCAGGAGCAUCGUCAUCAGCAGCAGCACCACGAACAAAUCCAGCAUUCAUCCUACCAGCAGCAGGAGCAACACUCGAGAUCCCAAGUCUAUCUCGAUGAAUCUACAGCCCGUCUGAUCGACGAGCGAUUCCAGCUUUCUCAACAGCAAGAGCAGCAGCAGAAGGAUGGUGCCAUUAUGCCAGAGACAACGACCGCAGCGCCAGGGAUGGCCAUGAAUGACUUGAUGGCAGUCUCGGUGGCGGCUAACGUUGCGACGGCCGCAGCAGCGGCAGCAGUGACGGGUGUUGUUCCACCGCGGGCUGUGACACUGGAGGGGGAGAUGGAGAUGCUGCGACUGGGCGGAGAGGGUGACUAUUGA